UAUAAUUCCAGAAAAAUGGUAAAUGUUAUGAAAGGAGUCUUAGUUAAAUGCGACCAGGCUAUGAAACAAUUUUUACUUCAUUUGGAUGAGACUUUGAAGCUUGGAAGAAAAUUUAUAAUACAAGACUUGGACGAAAAUCAUUUAUUUAUUUCAGCAGAUAUCUUGGACACUUUACAAGCCAAAAUAGAUGAUUUGAUGGAUCAAAUUAGUUUUCCUUUAGCAGAGAAAAGUGGUUAGUGUCUAAGUGACAAAAAAAAAUACCUGAAAUAGUGACUUAAAUUAAUUAUAAACAUUAAACAUGACUAUUUCUAAGUCCACGCUCCGUGGUUCCAACCGGAUCAAGGAAAAUGAUAAAAGACGUAUUGUGGAUGAAACAUCACGUAAACGACGACAUCGGAAAGUUAUGGAACUGCUAGAAUCU